AUGGGUCGCACACAGCAAACAGCUUGUAAAUCAGACGGUGGUAGAGCCAGUCGUCGAGCUGCUGUCUUUCAAGCUUACGCCCAGCAAAGACAAGCUGCAGCAAGGCAACAAGGGAGAGAAGAAUUAACAGAGGCAGAACUUGAAGCCGCAGCACCGGUUGAUGUGGUUUAUGAUGUCAGCUAUGAAAGUUCAUUUUAUGCUCAUUAUUUUACCGCUCAAGCAACAACAUCUGAUAUAUUAUUACCGUCAUUUGGUGUUGCUACAACAAUCAAUCCAUUGGAAAAUAGCGAUCAAAAGCCUGAGCAUUGGCUCAGUGUGAAUUUUAACAGUCAUUUUGAUGGCCCAGGUAUUCGUUCGAAUAAUGUACGACUUCAUCUUGUUAUAACACUUGAUGUAUCCGGUUCGAUGUCCGAUAGAUUCAAAGGUGAACCAGGUAAAACAAAAGUACAGAUCGCACAACAGUCUUUAUUAACACUUCUCAAACAACUUUCACCAGAUGAUGCACUUGGUAUCGUACUCUUUAAUAGUACCGCAACAGUUUUACAUCCCAUUGAAAAAGUAUCUUCAAUAGAUAGAGAACAAUUGAAAGACGAUAUCUUAAAACUACGCGGCAGUGGUGGCACGAAUAUUACCGAAGCAAUUAAAUGUGCCACUGAUCUGUAUCAUAUACGAGGGAAGAACAAAGAUCUGGAAGAUGAUAAUCGUAACAUAAGUCGGCGAAUAUUUUUUCUCACCGAUAUGGAAGUAUCACAUGAAGAUGGACAGCAAUUUUUAAAGCAUAUUAAAGAUAAUGCAGAAAAUGAAAGAAUCUGGUCAACUGUUGUUGGUGUUGGUCUUGAUUUAGGGGCAGAAGUGAUUCAAUCAGUAUCACGUACAAUUGGUUGUAACUAUUGUAAUGUUCGAAAUGCUCGAACAUUUGAUGAAUUAAUGAAUACAGAAUUUCAUUAUACAGUUACACCGGUGGCAUUUAAUAUUCAAUUUGAGUUAAUGGGAGAACGUUACCAAAUCCGGCAAGGUUAUGGUUCACCUGAAGUAUACCAAUUCGACCAGUCGAUAACCACUCGCCAGACAAUAAAACUAGUUACUGAAUUUGCGUUACCCAUGAAUGACCAAAACGAAGUACGUGGUGGAUAUUUUCUAUUUCAAAUCAUCGAUUCAAAUAAAGAUCAAAAUGAACAAUCAUUUCGAAUCAAUACAUCGUGGGAAACUCCUCAAGGUGUAAGUCAAAGAAAAUCAGAGGACUUAGAAUUCUCCAAAGAAAUCGACUCAUUUACUCACUCGGGCAUACGGAAAGCUAUUCUACUUGUUCGUUAUACAAAAUUUAUCAAACGCUAUUUGAAAGUACGUCAAGCAUCAGCUACACCUGACAUGUUGGAAGAAUAUCAAACAAUGCGUCAACAAUUUCCACGCUUAGUAGAACAUUUCCAAAGAGAAAUGAUAAUUCUCAAUGAUCGAUCCUUAUACAAAGAAGAGUAUCGACAUCUGUUAGAUAUUGCUCAGAAAGAUGAUAUACCCUUGAAUCAACAUGAAAUCGAAGAACUUCGUCAAAAAUUAUCGGAUAUUGUCACUGAUGAUACAUCAGCUGCGGCUAUGGCCACUGUAGAUAGAUGUUGUAUUUGUUUAGCAAAGAACAGUUCAGUGGUUUUGUCUCCAUGUGGUCAUAAAUGUUUAUGCAAUGAUUGUGUAGAUCAGCUACAAGAGCCAUUAACGAAAUGUCCUAUCUGUCGACAGGAAAUAUUGCAUCCAAUAACACUAAACGUUUAA